CCCGAAAUCUCCCAUCAUUGGACUCUUUUUCUCCGAGAUCAGACGGCCACGGAUCCCUUUUUCUCUUCAAUCUUACGACUAGGGCUCAAUCUCUCUUUCCUAAUCAUCUGUUUUCUUUAUACUUAUUGAGUGAGCUAAGUUGAUAAGACUAUAUUCUUAUGGAGCCUAAUGGUCAUAAGGGAGGAAGGAGAAAAGACGAUGUGAGUCAGCAGAAUCUUGAUGUGAGCACUUCGAUUUCUGAUGAUGAACUGGACCCAUGGACCGCCUGGGCUUACAAACCUCGAACUAUUACAUUGUUAUUUAUUGGCUCAUGCUUUCUGAUUUGGGCAAGCGGAGCUCUUGAUCCCGAAAGCAAUUCAUCAGAUGAUAUUGUUACAUCUGUCAAAAGGGGCAUAUGGGCAAUGAUUGCAGUUUUUCUGACUUACUGCUUGCUUCAAGCUCCUUCUACGUUACUAAUUAGGCCACAUCCUGCAAUUUGGCGCCUAGUUCAUGGCAUGGCGGUUAUUUACCUUGUCGCUUUGACAUUUUUGCUUUUUCAGAACCGUGAUGACGCUAGGCAGUUUAUGAAGUAUCUCCAUCCUGAUCUUGGUGUUGAACUUCCUGAACGAUCAUAUGGUGCUGAUUGUCGUAUAUUUGUACCCGACAAUCCCACUAACAGGUUUAUAAAUGUUUAUGAGACACUUUUUGAUGAAUUUGUUCCGGCUCAUUUAUUUGGGUGGUGGGGAAAGGCAAUAAUGAUUCGUAAUCAACCCCUUUUGUGGGUAUUAUCGAUUGGAUUCGAGUUGAUGGAGCUCACUUUUCGCCAUAUGUUACCGAAUUUCAAUGAAUGCUGGUGGGACAGCAUUAUUCUUGAUAUAUUAAUCUGCAAUUGGUUGGGUAUCUGGGCAGGAAUGCAUACGGUUCGUUAUUUUGAUGGUAAAACUUAUGAGUGGGUCGGAAUAAGCCGUCAGCCGAAUAUAUUGGGCAAAGUAAAACGAACAUUAGGUCAAUUUACUCCGGCACAUUGGGACAAAGAUGAAUGGCACCCAUUUCUUGGUCCGAGGCGGUUCAUCCAAGUUCUUACCCUUUGCAUUGUGUUCUUGACCGUUGAACUCAACACUUUUUUCCUCAAAUUUUGUCUUUGGGUUCCCCCUCGAAACCCCAUCAUUGUCUACCGAUUGAUGCUUUGGUGGCUUCUUGCUAUACCUACUGUUCGGGAGUACAAUUCUUACCUACAAGACCGAAAGCCCGUGAAAAAGGUUGGAGCUUUUUGUUGGCUUUCGCUUGCAAUCUGCAUCAUCGAACUCCUUAUCUGCAUCAAGUUUGGGCACGGUCUGUUCCCAACUCCAAUGCCCAGAUGGCUUGUCAUUUUGUGGUCUUCUGUUGGUGUCGGCCUUCUCGGGUUCUUGAUCUUGUGGACAUGGCAAUCACAUCGAACUUUAAGCAAAAAACGGCAGUGAUUUUUUUGCCUCGGAAUGACUUGGUCGAUCAACUGCUUGAGGAAUUCAAAUUUCUUCGUUCGCCCCCAGUUUUUUGUGGGGCCGUGAGCGAGAAACGUGUCGUUUUCCAACAGCAAGAGUUCUUCGGAUAUCAGAUGUCAACAACGUCGGCUUACAUCAUAACGCCCUUUCCAGACCCUGUGGAAUUCACCGGGUUCGGUUCGUUUGUUUGGUUUAACAUAUUGUUGUAAAUUUAUUCAUUUCAAACUGUAAAUUCUUAUUAUUUCAGCCUAGAUUUUACGUUAUACUUGGGUUUAUUAGAAAAAGAAAUCAUUGAGAGGUUAGAGAAUAUGACAAUUUACUUAUUUUGACUUUUUAGCUAUCUGAAUGUGGGAUGUAUGAUGA